UCGGCCGAUAAAUAGUGGUUACAAAACAGGCAAACAUGCAGAAGAAAGCCGGUGGCGGCCUUUUAUCCUUUUUUAAGACCGAAAAUGGACGUAAAGUGGUGUUCUAUGCGGCAGGCACGACCACAGCUGGACUUUUUAUAGCCAACUUUGUGCCACACACAUUCGGACUGAAAUAUUACCGCAAUUUUGUCCAAUGUUAUCAGAAUGGUAUUGAACGUGAAGUUCCGGAAGCAGUGCAGCAACGUGUGAAUCAGGCAAUGGACAAGCUGGAGAUUGAUCCGCGCGAGCGCAAGUUCGUUAAACCCUUUACUGUAUUUGGCUUCGAUCUGUUUCAAGCGGGUACCACAAAGUAUCGCUUUGGUGCCGCCCUGGGCAUACCCGUAAACUACGCCUAUGGUAGCACUGAUGAGAUCAAGCGGGCAGAUAUACGCUUUCGCGAUCAGCAAAUCGAUUGGACCUCGGACAGUGGAAAACUGUUGGAGAAGGCUAUUGUCUUGACGGAGGACGAGCAGGUGUUUGGACUAUGCAAGGCAAUUCUGCAGCUGCAAACACAUCGCGUGCUUUUGAACUCCAUAUACCCCAGUCUGAACUUCCUCAUGGUCUACACCAUUGGACACUUCUUGAACCUGCGUCUCAAUCUGUUUGCGCGUCAUGGCAGCAUGCGUUUUGUUUUGUACACCAUUUUGGGCUUGUUCGGCGUGGGCAGCUGGUCUUUCAUGAAGGACAUUAAUCAAGUGGUCACCGACGCAGAGAUAGACAAGAAACUUGCAACGCUGGGUCCACAGUUUGUGGCCGCCGGCAUCAGUUACUAUGAUAAGCAUUUAAAGAAGAAUAUUGCCCUAAGAAAUCUUAUUGGAGACAACACCUAUACGGCUUUGGGCAAUGAGAACUAUAUGCUGCGCCAGAAGUCUAUGCCUUUGACGGCACGCAAGUCUUUCUUCGAGGACAAAUGGCAGGAGCUACAAAAUCAACAGGAAACAACGGCGACACAAUAAGCAAUAGUUAAUAAACGUUUGUUGAAAAAUCUAUUGUUUGAAAAACAAUCUUUUUUGGUAACAAUUUGUUUUCAUUCGAUAAGAAGACCCAGUCCAAAUCUUAAAAACGUGGCUUGGCAUCUAAAUUGAAAUUGAAUGAACCAAAAUCGUUAAAAACCGUAAACCGAAACAUCAACAAUCAUUUUUAAGGAUUUAUUCGUUAACAACUAGUUUACGGCGACCUAAUGGAAUACCAAAGUGUAUAAAUUAUGGCUAGAAUAAAAAUAAAUAAACAAAAAUCACAAAAAAUAACAAUCAAAGCAACUUUAAAGUCAAUCACUUUCAAAAGUCAAUAACGUUUGAUACUUUCAACUCAAGAAAUUAAAUAAUUGUUUAAAAUAACGGAAAUGAGCUCCCGUUAGAGGACUUUAUAGAAUAUUCGUCUGAUAUAUCAUCUCAAGAGACAAACAAAAGUUGACUAGCAUCGUGUGGCAUCUUUUAAGGAAUGUUAAAAAAAUAAAUAUAUAACUAAAUAAAAACUUACAAUGCCAUUUA